UUUUUUUUCUUGGGAGUUAGGUGGACGUAAAAGCAGUAGCUUUGUUUCUAACGGACAAUAACGUGCUUCAACUGAUUGACCAGAUUGAAUGGAGAAACAGCAGCAUAUCUGUAUUGAUUUCAACUAACCGUGACCUGACCUCUAGACUUCACGAUAGUCUGUCAACCAAGCAGUUGUCAGAUCUUUCAAAUGUCUUGUUUCUUUGGCCCUGUAGUGAUGAAGUACUUGAGUUUAGGAAUAUGAUCGAAGGUAUCGCGGUACCUACCCAUCCUCUAAUAAAAGAACUAUGGCACUCAACGAAUGUCACUACAGGACAAGAGUUUGUACACAAAGGCUUCGUCUUUCCUGGGGGGAUGAAAUCCUUCACUCUUCCAUCUUCCGAGAAGGUAUCUACAAGCCACAAAUCUCUAAACACAAUUAAGGCAGUGUGGACGUUAGCCCUAGGCUUGAGGGCAGCUCAACAUAGACAGUGUCAUAACAAAGAUUGCCUCUCAGAACAGAAAGCCCUCGGACCUGCUGUGCUACAAGCUUUACAAAAUGGUGAAAAGUUGCUGUUGGAAACUCACACAAAGUCCCCAGAUGACAAAAAUAUCAUGUUCGAGGAUGUUUUCCUUAACUAUGGGCAAGUCGUACUGAAAACUCUGUCAUUUACUGGGCGUUUUCACGAGGUUGGACGCUACAGUAGCAAGGUGGGCUUGAUCACUCGUAAGAACGUACUACUUCCACCGCGAACAACUGCAUCUGACCAUCAUGUACCUCUUUCCACUAUCGAUACGAACUACGAGCACAAACUUUGUAAUCUCCAAAGUUCCAGCCAAAAAAGAUUAGAAAAUGUGAUGGCAGUUAACGUGAAAAACGUCAGCUUUGGCGCGUGGAACACUAAAACUUGGUGUUCCGUCUGUGUUGCACUCUCUGGAACUGGUAUUCUAGUUCACUCUAUAUGUCUUAGUGUUUCUUCUGGUGAAGAUUUGUGACAAGACGGUAAAGAAGAAUACUGUCGUAAUUUCCAUAUUUCAACUUAUAGCUCUAAUAACAAUGUAUUUAGGAGCUUUGUUGUUUACUUUCCAGCCUUCAUUUACAACCUGUACCACGCGUAAGGUAGUUAACAAUGUAGCCUACGCCUUCAACUAUGGGUGUCAUCUCCUUCGUGGCAUGACUCUUCGUUCC